UAACACGAGCUAGCCCUACUCCGGUUCGUUCUUGUUGCCUUGCUAUUCCCAUGGAGAAGCUGGUCUCCUCAGCCCCGUCCCACGAACUGCUCGUCCCGCCGCCGGCCGUCUCUCUUCCCGUCAUCGACCUCUCCCUCGGCCGUGACGAGGUCCGCCGUGCCGUCCUUGACACCGGCAAGGAGCUCGGUUUCUUCCAGGUGGUCAACCACGGCGUCCCUGAGCAUGCGAUGCGGGACAUGGAGGCGGUGUGCGAGGAGUUCUUCCGCCUGCCGGCGCCGGUCGUGGCACCCUUCUACUCAGACGACAGACGCAAGCCCAACCGGCUCUUCUCCGGUAGCACCUUUGAGACCGGCGGCGACAAGUACUGGAUGGACUGCCUCCGCCUCACUUGCACCUUCCCCGCAGGAGACAGCAAGAAUCACUGGCCCGACAAACCCGAAGGAUUCCGGGAGGUUGUCGAGAAGUUCAUCGUGCUCACAAGAGGCAUGGGAAUGGGUCUCCUGCGGCUUCUCUGCGAGGGCUUGGGGCUCCGCCCCAACUACUUCGAGGGGCCCCUCGGUGGUAGUGAAACCAUCAUUGGCCUUAACCACUACCCGUCAUGCUCAAACCUGGAUCCGAGACUCGGCCUUGGGCUGCCGCCACACUGCGACCGGAACCUCAUCACGCUCCUCCUACCCGGUGUCGUCCCUGGCCUGCAGGUCUCAUACAAGGGCGAUUGGAUUACCGUUGAGCCCGUGCCAAACGCCUUUGUCGUCAACUUAGGCCUGCAACUUGAGUUAAUACAUCAUUUCUCAACAGAGCAAGUUGUGACCAACGGGGUUCUCAAGAGCAUAGAGCACCGGGUGAUGACCAACCCGGUGAUGCCACGAAUGUCGGUGGGGGUUUUCAUCCAGCCUGACGCAGACUGCCUUGUCGGCCCAGCGGAGGAGUUCAUCAGCGAAGGAAACCCCAGACGCUACCGCACCCUCACCUUCGGCGAGUUCAUGCGCAUCCAUAAUGUUAUAAAGUUGGGCUCAUCACUCAAUCUCACAACCGAUCUCAGCAUCUCUCAACAAACGCUAGACAAAAAUAUAUGAAACACCACGGACGAUAGGCCUUUACUAUGGGGUUUAUGAUUGUCAUCGUUUGUUUGCCAAAUCCUUCAACACUCAGUCACAUCAAGCUACCUACCCGAUGUUGAUUUACUAGUAUACAUGUACGUUUGGUGAUACUAGUAAUCUUACACGUGGCAUGUGCAUCUUGAUGUCGUAAAAGUGUUUGCGUAAGAAAUUUAUUGUGCA